AUUUCCGGCAGGCGCUCAGCUGACCGGGCCCUCCCAAGAUGGCGGACAACCUGCCCGCCGCCUUCGACGUGCUGGUGAUCGGCACCGGUUUGCCUGAAUCUAUUGUUGCAGCAGCAUGUGCCAGAAGUGGCCAGAGUGUUCUUCACGUUGAUUCGAGAAAUUACUAUGGUGGAAACUGGGCCAGCUUUAGUUUUUCAGGAUUAUUGUCCUGGAUUAAAGAAAAUCAGGAAAAGACAGAUACUGAUGAUGAAUGUGAAGACUGGAGAAAACUGAUCCUUGAAAAUGAAGAAGUUAUUUCUCUUAGAAAGAAAGAUAAAACCAUUCAACAUGUAGAAGAUUUUUGUUUUGAUGAUCAGGAUUCAGCUGAAGGUGUUGAAGAAGCGGGGGCACUGCCAAAGCUCCCUGCCUUUGGAGCCUCUGGUGCUGAAGGGGCUACAGGGGAAUCAGAAGAGGAGUGCCCAGGAAAGGGGAGCACCUUGCCCGAGGCAGAGAGCCAGGAGCCAGGAAAGGAUCCAGGCACAGAGCCAGCGAGCCCAGGAGAAGGGAAUGAUACAGAAAUUACCUCUGAGAAUCAAAGUUCUCCUAGUACCAUGUCAGGCGAGUCCGUCCUGGAGUCGGGAAAAACUGAAGAUGCAGCCUCAGAAAUUUCUGCCCAAGAACCAAAGAAAGUGACUUAUUCCCAAAUUGUUAGAGAAGGCAGAAGGUUUAAUAUUGAUUUAGUUUCCAAGUUGCUUUAUUCCCGAGGUCUGUUAAUUGAUCUUCUGAUUAAGUCAAAUGUGAGCAGAUAUGCAGAGUUCAAAAAUGCAACACGAAUUCUUGCCUUUCGAGAAGGAAAAGUAGAGCAGGUACCUUGUUCUAGAGCAGAUGUCUUCAACAGCAGAAAGCUCACUAUGGUGGAAAAGAGAAUGCUAAUGAAAUUUCUGACAUUUUGUUUGGACUAUGAACAGCACCCAGAUGAAUACCAAGACUAUGAGAACAGUACAUUUGCUCAGUUUUUAAGAACACGGAAGUUAACCCCCAGCUUGCAGCACUUCAUUCUUCACUCUAUUGCAAUGGUUUCUGAGACUGAUUGCAGCACUCUUGAUGGUCUUCAGGCAACCAAAAAAUUUCUUCAGUGCCUUGGCCGCUAUGGCAAUACACCUUUUUUGUUUCCUCUGUAUGGUCAAGGGGAGAUCCCACAGUGCUUCUGCAGGAUGUGUGCUGUGUUUGGUGGGAUCUAUUGUCUUCGCCAUUCUGUGCAGUGCCUGGUGGUGGACAAAGAGUCUGGCCGAUGCAAAGCUAUUGUGGAUCAUUUUGGACAAAGAAUAAGUGCUAAGUACUUCAUUGUGGAAGACAGUUACCUUCCAGAGAGCAUCUGCACAAAUGUGUGUUACAGAGAGAUCUCCAGAGCAGUGCUCAUUACAGAUCAGUCUGUCCUAAACACAGAUUCAGAGCAGCAGGUUUCCGUUUUGAUGGUGCCUCCAGUGGAACUGGGAAAACCAGCAGUUUGUGUCAUUGAGUUGUGUUCCUCAACCAUGACCUGCAUGAAGGAAACCUAUCUAGUCCAUUUAACCUGUCCCUCAACUACAACUGCUAGGGAAGAUUUAGAGCCUGUUGUGCAGAAGUUAUUCAAUCUAAAUACAGGAAAAGAGACUGAAAAUGAAGAAGCACAGAAGCCUAGAGUCCUCUGGGCAGUAUAUUUCAACAUGAGAGAUUCCUCAGGAAUUGACAGAAGUGCAUAUGAUGGCUUGCCCUCCAAUGUUUAUGUCUGUUCUGGACCAGACUCUGCUUUAGGAAAUGACUGUGCUGUCAAACAGGCUGAGACUAUUUUCCAAGCAAUGUUUCCUACUGAGGAUUUUUGCCCAGCACCACCAAAUCCAGAAGAUAUUAUUUAUGAUGAAGACGAGAUUGCACCAGAAGAGUCUGGAUCCAGUAAUUCACCAGAGACAAAACCUGAACCCUCUGCUGAGGAGAGCAGCAGUGGAGAUAGUACUGCUGUUAAGAAAGAAGAUAAUGAAGAAUGAAUUAGCACUGUUUCCUUAGUAGAAGAGGAGGGUGACCCAAACUAAGAUGUAGGAAAGGAAGGGUAAGAAAGAGGGGUUUAGAAACCCAUAGCUGUAUUAUUUGCAAUUGCCUUACUUUCCCCUUAGCUUGAAUAAUCUUCAUCAAGUUUCAUUGAUAGCUGAGACAUUUCUAAAUAUUCAUAGGUCUCCAGAUCCUGGGCUAUUGUAGCUAAACAAAAAACACAGGAAAAAGCAAUUGAAUUUAAAUGCUAAAAUAUAAUUCAUUAUUUGUUGAAGAAAUUUGGUCUUGUUUUCCAUCUUGGUAGGAAUCCUCCAUUUUUUAAACAGGCAACAAGGUGAAACUAAUUGAAAGAAAAAGUGUGCAAGUUUGCCUGCCAGUCAGGAGGAUCUUCUGCUGCAACAUACAGUUCUGCUAAAAGUCAUUGGAUCUGUGCUAGCUAAACAGUUGAAGGUGAGCUUCACAGUCUGUCCUUCAGGGUGGUUUAUGAAUGGAACUUAAAUGCAAUAAUAUUGACAGUUCUGGAGCAGCUUUAGAAUAUGUAAUAAAUGUCAUGUUUAAUUUCAUAGAAUCAUAGAAUGGUUUGGGUUGGAAGGGACCUUAAAGAUCAUCCUGUUCCAACCCCCCUGCAUGGGCAGGGACACCUCCUGCUAGAUCAGGUUGCUCAAGGCCCCAUCCAGCCUGGUCUUGAAGAUCUCUAGGGAUGGGGCAGUCAGAACCUCCCUGGGCAACCUGUGCCAGCAAUCUCACCACCCUCACAGGAAAUAAGUUUUUCCUCAUGUCCAACCUGAAUCUCCUCUCCUUAAGCUUCAAAUUCGUAUAACAGAAAACCUCUUGUAUAAUUUUGAAACUGAUGCCAUAAUUUAGAAAGAAAUAUAACCCAGUAGAUGUUCCCCACGUGAAGCUACUUUACAUUCAAGUUGGCUUUAUUUUAAUAAGAUCUAAUUGAUCACACAUUUUCACUAGUGACUUAAUUUACUGUAGUCAGGAAAAUAGCACAAUAUAAACUCAAUGCUGGAUUUCCCAAUAAAAUUUAUUAUCAUACAUGGAGCAGACCUGUUGUUAGUUUUCCUGGCUUUGUUGCAGGGUUUGGGCCUUUAAUAAGCCAGUAGUUACUUUUUUUGAAGUGUAGUGGCUGAGAAGUUUAGGUGAUGGUUAAGGGAAGAAGGUUUAACUGAUAAUUCCAAAGGUUGGUACUGAUCCUGGUUAAUAGGAUUAAAAUUAGUGUAAGAGCUGUAAAUUACUUGUUUUGUAAUGAUAAAUCAUAAAGCAUUUAUACAAUAAAAUUUAUUGAAUAUUAUUUAUAAGCCUAGUUUUUAUGAAAAAUUACAAAAUGAGAGAGCUGUUGUAAAUGACCAUGAUUAACUUGCACUUCCUCUGAACAAUGCUGGAAAUUAGAUAUUCAGAUAAUGAAAAAUACUUAGCAUUUGCUUAAAGAUUUACCUUAAAAUGUACACCCAGUAGGUCAGUAGUACAUCUUAAAAUAGAGAUCAGUGAAUUUCGAUUAUUUAGGAUUUAAACUUCUACAUGAACUUAGAGUUCUGGCAGUGCUUAAAUAGUGUACAUAAAUAAAACAUACCAUUGAAUAAUGAAUAUUCAGCACUGCCUGAACUGGACACAUCCAGGUUAGCAGUGCACGUGCCUGCCUUUAAAAUGGCUUCAUGCACUAAAGGUUAAUUUAUUUAUUUUUUUACAGCAUAAUUGAUAGGGUUAAGUUCACUUUGUCUUGCAUCAUAAUGCCUUGUCCAAUUUGCAUUUCAGAAACAGGUUGGUUAGUGUUUACAUGCUUUGUUUAUUGGAUAGGCACCCUUGUGUGUGUAAUCCCAAAGUCCUUGGAACAAUAUGUGCUUGAAAUGUUUCCAGUGUUAAACAACAGUUGUCUCACAAUGCUUGUGACUGAGCAGUUAUUUGUAUAUAGUAGUAAGCUGACUGCCUCUUCAUUCAGCUGUAAUUUGUGUGUGUAUUGGAAAGCAUGAGUAUAUGGUGAUUGUAUUUAACAGCUACCAAUCUGUAAAAGAACUGAGUGGAGGAUCUACUUCCUGUUUGUCUUUCAGUAGUAGGGAUCAUAGUUGAAUUUUUCAUCUUCUGUGUUUACAAGGAAGUGGUUUGAUGAAAAUUAAAAGUUUGCUUGCAAAUGCA